AUGUUCACUGAAACGCAGCCGAAGGAGGUUGUGCUGCAGGGCGCACGCAAAGCCUCGCCGACUUUCGCCAAAGAUGCGGGUAUCGUACAGGCUGCUGCCACAAUGGUACACAAAGUAGGAGUAAGUGAGCCGAUGAAGGCUCAACGAGGCAGCAGCGCCACCUGCGGCGGCGGUGCACUUCCACCGAUACACACCAAGACAGCGUCGACGAGCGAGACAGCCGUGGUGCCGCGCCCGCGGAAGCAGCGACCGCUCUCUGACUUCCAAGAGCUGCAUCAAAGGCUCGUCGCGGAUGGACAGGCCUUUCCUGUGAUGCUUCCAGCGGUGGGCGACCUGCCUGGCCAGCGCCCCUCGGCUGCUCUCGGCAUCGCCUCUACCUUGAGGAGCGGCGAUGAAGUGCCCUCCUCCUCUUUUAGUCCAGCGCCUCGGCGGCCCCCGUCUACCAGUCGCCCCGCAGCGCGACACCGCCGCAUGCACGCUUCGCUUCCUCGGCAGGCACGUCAGCCCAGCACCAGCCCGAACGGCUUGAGAGCCACCUCUACGCGAGCAAGCGGUGUUGGUUGGAUGGAGAGGCGACGUCACAGCGGUCAGGCCUCGCGGCGGACCGGGCUCAAGUCGUUGAAGCAGCAGGUGGAGGGCGAUGAGGCGGCCGCUGACCAGUUGAUGCAGGCUGGAAACACCGGUGGAGCGCUCAUGCUCCUGAGCCACACGCUGAAGAGCGUGCUGGACUAUCGCGUCUCGCUGAACAGUGGGAGCAGUCGAAUCAACGUUGUCGGCAGCACUGUAUCGGCGCGCGCAGCUCCGGCUGCGCCGCCACCAGGUGAGCCCGGGGCCGCAUGGGCCGCGAAGACAGCCCAGCGACUUGCCGAGGUCUACACCGUUAUUGCCAACAAUGCGGGAGUGCGGUGCAGCACGGCAGCCGAACCGAUCCAGAUCCAGGAGGCGUACUUCCAAGCCGCGAUGCGCUACGUGGUGAAGAAAUCGACCGAGGACCUAUUUUCUGAGUGGACAGCGGGCAGCGCUGCGGCGACGAGUAAGGGGCAAUCACCCCAUCCACCACAGCCACAGUCACACCGCCGCCUCCCGGCAAGGUCGGCGGCCCCGCCAUCAGCACGCGAGCCUCCCUCGUGCUUUUCGUCAACCUGCCCAGGCAAGAGCAAGGAUGGUGACCAGCAGCAGAACGAGCAACCCGCGGUUGUUCGUCGCCUGCUCCGCUGCGCUGUCCGCACCAAUGCCGCCGUGUGCCUCGGCGAUAGCGCAACGCUGGGAGGACAGGCCCGCAUUAUCUAUGAGUUAUUGAAAGCGUUGGCCGAGUCAGACGGCGUAUGGAGCAUGACAGUGUUGUACAACUUGGCGGUUGCAUUUCUGCGGGUUGGCGGCUACGACGACGCUGCGGAGGCGAUUGCGCGGUUCAUGGAGUUGAGCUGGCACUACCUCGAGUGGGCGCAGCACAUGCACGAGACGGACGAUGAUGGCAGCGUGACAAGCGUCACCGCGGCUGUGCACACGCAGGCGGCGCUGCAGCUAAUCUGCGGACACCACUUCAUCGCUGCGAUGGCGGCCUGGUGUGAACCGCACGGCCUCACGGAGCUGUACCACUGCGAGCUCGCCAGUGCCUGCGCGGAGCGCUAUCUGGACCAUGCCGACAAGGCUCAGCGGGAGUGUCAGCACCGUCUCGCCGCAGCUCAGGCGAGGGCUGCUGCUGCUGGCGCCAGCGCUCCAGAAGAAUCCACCAGGACCGCCACAGAUGGACCCCCGACGCUGCUCUUGCUACCGUACAUGACACAGGACUUGGUUUUCUCUUGCCCCUCGUCGACAGCGGUGGCGGCGAUGGGUGGUGUUGCGUCCACCACCGUCACGGUACACCUGCUGGUUGAGGCGCUUGCCGCCUCGUCCUCACUUAGCGCGUCUCUGCCAGCAGAGGUGAGGGCGUACGUGCGGGAGGUGCAAAAGGGGGAUGCCUUGCGGUACUGGGCACGUGCGGCACUGCGCGCUGGUGCGUCGCCGCCGUUCUUGUCGGCUGCCGUAGCCGCCUCAACUGCUACACCGGUGCCGCCGGCCCUCGUGGUGUUACUGAACCACAGAGAGGAGGGUGAGGAUGUGUGGACACGAGAGUCCUGGAUGACAUCGCAGGUUCGCAAGGUCGCUGCGGACGACGCCUCGAGUUCACUUCGGCGACUGCUCUCCGCCGCAACGACGACAGGUGUAAGUUGCGCCUCGGUUAUUGCUCUGACUUCACAGCGUUUUGGAGCCGUGCCGGGCAUGCAACCAGAUGCCUCCGCCUCCCUCAUUGCCCCCGCCGCGCCGACGCCGCAUUAUGAGCUCGGCGCUUCAUCGGGCGCGCCAAGCCCGCGCAAGUCGAGCAAGCCCGCGCCGCUCUUCGUCACGACGCUCCCCAGCAGCGCCUACGACCGGUACCGCAAGCUCCGCGAUGGCGUCGUCACUCAGCUAGGGAACGCAGAGCAGAUGGUGCAGCAGGGGGCAGGGGUGGAGGAUGCGGUGGAGCUACUUGCUGUGGAGGGUGAUGCGAAAGUUGCGGCGCGCACCGAAAGAGCCCGCUCUUGCUCCAUGGCGGUGUCAAAGAGCUUACCGGCAGACGCAGCAGCCGUGCACUCACGCGAGCGGCACAUGACGACUCUCUUCGUCGGUGCAUCAGGCACCGCCACCUCUCCGGCGGCAUCUUUGCCGCGUGAGGUCCGAGGUGGCGAUAUUACCGCUGCAUGCGGCUUUCUGGGGGAAGAGAUGCCGGAGUACCACGACGCGAGGAGCGUCACCACCACUGCCGCCCUCGAUCAUACGCUGCUGGGUGUACCUAUCCGCCCCUCGGAGCUGCUGCGGCAGCUAGACUGGGAGACGGAGGCGCGCUACUCCCGUCUCGUUGCGGACCCCCUCGCAGACCUACAGCGGGUCGCCUCGACGUGCAUCCAGGGAUGGUGGCGCAUGCAGCUCGCGCGGCAGGUGCGGCGCCGUCGUGCGGCGGACGUCGAGACAUGUCUUCGCCGGGACGCCGCAGCUGUCCGCAUUCAGAGUGGCCUUCGGCACUGGAAGGAGUGCGCACCUGCCAAGAGAGAACUACACCGUCUGCGUGCCUAUCGAGAGCGAGUGCGCAGCACCACCAUUCUGCAAGCCUUCGUGCAGCAACGCGCCAGUGUGGAGGUGUGGGGGCGCGCCUGCUUGGUGUGGUACAAGGUCCUCGUGAAGCAGCGGGAGAUGGAGGCACGACGCGCGGCAGCCGCUGUCACUCUCCAGAGUUGGUGGCGGAUGCACAUGGCCCGCAGGCAGCUGUGCGACUCUGUGACCGCCGUCAUUCGCCUUCAGUGUUGGUGGCGCUGCGCACUGGCACGGCGUGAGCUGCGCACGCGCCACGUGCACCAUCGCCUCGCACAGGAGCAGUGGCGGUACGAGCGACUUCCGCAGAUUAUCUUGGUUCAGCGUUGGUGGCGCGCCUGUCGCUCUCGCUGGGCAGUCGGCGACCUGCUCUGCCAGCGACAGCGCUCUCUGGAGGGGUACCUGAGGGCACUGGAAUCCAGCUACGACGCAGUCAUGCGCACGCAUCUACGCAGCGUGGAGAACGUGGAGGCGGCAAUGCGCUGCGUCCUGGCGGCGCUGGCUGGUGCACGAGACCGCCGCCAACUCGGUCAGCUCGCCAUGCGCGCGCGGGUGCGGCAGCGUGCUGUGCACAGCUUUGUGCUUCAGUGGCGCGGUCGAGAGGAGAUGCGGCAACUUCGCCGGGACCGGGCUGCAGCGCUGGCUCUGCAGAGGCGACGGGAGGAGGUUGCCGUGGCGACGGUGACCCUGCAGUCAUGGGUGCGCUCGUGGCUGCCGCGCCGCUGCGCAGCACGGGAGCGCGCCAGCAGGGCCUUCCAGCAUGCGUGUGCGCUCAAAAUUUGGGAUGCCUUUCGCCACUACCGUGCGCGACAAGCCCUGGUCAGCGGACGAACGCAGUGCGGCAUGCUUGGCGUGGUUCGCCGCCUUGCGGAGGUGCGAAACGACGCCGCAACGCGCAUUCAAUCCAUGUGGCGCAUGCAUUGCACGCAGCGUGAGUUUUUCGAUCUCCUCAAGUUUAUGCUCAGGGAUCGACACGAGUAUGCGACGGCCGUGCAGCGCUGCUGGAGAGGGCACUACGCACGAGCCGUGCUUGCCCCUCGGCGAGCGGCGCGCGUCCGGGAGUACGAGGCCCGCCUGCAGGAUCGCACAGUGCUCCAGUGUGCCGCUGUGCGGGCGCAGUCCUUCUACCGCAUGUACCGUACUCGCAUCCAGCUGCUGCGGCUAGGCGUGCUUCUGCCACCGACUUUUAUGCACCGCAUCACCGCUGCUCGCCGCAUCCAGACGAGCUGGCGCACCUACACUGCUUACCGGCAUGUGCUAUACCUUCGCCUGCAGCGCAGCUACGCGUUCAAGCUGGUACAGUCGCAGGAGGCGCUGCACACCUACGCUACACUCAUCCAAGCCGCUGCUCGAUCGUACCUCGUGCGCCGUGGUCGGCUGCCUCGACCUGAGCCGGCACCCAAUGUGCUCGUGUCUGUAAAGACGUCCACCAAGCUGCCUAUUCCGCGUCCUCCUUCCCUACCUCGCGCUCGUGUGGCUCCUGAAUCUGGCUCGACCCCGCUACACAGUGUAACCUCCGGUGGACACGGUGUCGAGACUUCGCCGACGUCGCUGGCGCUCAUGAGGGCGCCGGCUACCGUCCUGCAGACCAUCGCUAUGCCAAUGGUUAGCAGCUGUUGCACCACUGCGGCGGUGCACAGCAGUCCGCCUGACUUUGGUGACCGGCCCUCCGCCCCCUCCCUCGUCACCGUCGUCAGCCCCACUCUCUUUCAGACGACGAGGGCAGCGAAGAGCUGCAGCAACUCAGCCUCUCUUUCCUGCCUUAGCAGUACACCUGAUAAGCCGCUUUACUUGUUGCAGAGUGACAGCACCGAUGGCGCGUGGUCGGCGCGCAGUGCACGUCACCCAGCCUCCUCGUCAGGCGAAAGGGCUGCGAUAGAUUCCCAGCAGGUCGUAGCAUCAUCGCAUGACACGGCACGCUUGUCCGCUCCGACGAAGGACUCAGUCGCUGAAACCACAGCCUAUUCAGCCGAUCCAGAGUCGGACGUGCAGGCCAUGAUGGAGCUUCCUGUGGCGCAGUGCAGUAUUGCGUGUUCCUCCUCGCUCUGCCACCACACUCCGCAAGAGGUGGAGGCCGCGGUGCGUAUUCAAGCCUCAUGGCGCGGCUACCGCGUACGCUGCACCAUCGAGUUCUACUACGAGGAGUACUACGAAGAGGUAGAUGAGGAGGGGGAAGAGGUGAUGGAGGAGAAGAGUCAGUACACCAACACCCUCUCACUAAGCGAGAGCAGGGAGCGGUGGGACAUGGUUCAUCAUCUCUGA